AUGGAGAGUCCAUGGGACACUGUGAUACGAGACAUGGAUCUCUUAACGGAGAUCCUUCUCCGAUUGCCAGUGAAACAAGCGAUUCAAUGCAAAUGCGUGUGCAAGAAAUGGUUGUCAAUCAUCUCCAACCCCAAAUUCCGUUAUUCACACACUUGUCGUUUAUAUUCCAAGUACAAUAACAAACCUCCACCCACUGCUCUGUUGGUUCAGAAUUUCGGAGACACGAAGGCCAAAAGAGCUUCUAUUGUUCCCUUCCACACCAAUAAUAACAACGCCAACAAAAUCUUCUUCCACCUUGAUCUUGAUCGACGCAAAUACAUGUCUUCUACUAUUAUACACUCUUGUAAUGGUCUAUUACUAUGUAAUGUUACACCCACACCCAAUUCUGGUUUAACAACUUUUGAGUCUUUUAUGAUACGACUAGAAUCCCACUUUCGCAUAUGCAACCCAGCCAUCAGCAAUGACCACUGCGUUUAUCUAGAUUACCCCCUUGGCGAUGUAGAUUCCCCAUAUAAUGAAGAUAUCUACAUAUUUGACCCUUUAGACUUGAAGGCUUAUCUUGUUUUCGAACCUCUAAAACAACCUCUUUCUUACAAAGUUAUUUUAUUUGGUGAAAUGGAAGCUCCGUAUGGACAUUAUAGUCGUCUCAAUCAACUCAAACCCCGAAUUGGGAUUCGUUUGUAUUCCUCAGAGACGUCUUGUUGGAGUAGUGUUGUUUGCAAUCUUCCUAAUGAUUUACGUGUCCCAGAGGGAGUUUAUUGCAAUGGUGCUGUUCAUUGGUUUCGUUUAGAUGAUGACAAUUCCGUUUAUUUCGAUGUCAAUCGGCUUUGCUUUGAUAAAUUGCCUGCAGUCCCUGCAUGUGUUGACUCAAAUUCAGAGCUCUUGGGUGUUAAGUAUUUAGGAGAAUGUAAAGGGAGGCUGCACUUGAUUCUAUCUGAUAGUUUGGAGUUUGAUAUUUGGGAAUUAGAGGAAGAUUACUCUUCAUGGGUUGCCAGAUACCGUGUCAAUCUUAAUCGCAUGCAUGAUGGGGAAUCGGCCUUGUGCUGGAAUCUUUCAAGUAAUCCAUUUUGUGUGUUAAGUUUUGUUCUUCGCCAAGAAGAAGAGGAGGAGGAUUCCAUGCUUGUGUUGUUCCAAGAUGGUAAAAUAAUGUCUUAUAGCCUAAAAAAUUAUGGUUUGAGGGUUCUUUGUAAAUUAGAUAGAGUGCCUAGAUCUGUUCAUCACUACUUUGAGACUCUGUUAUCUAUUGGAAAUUAA